CUCACGCAUGCCGUAAACUCUCAUCGUCGUGUGUGGAUUCUAAUAUGGCAAGACAAGAAAUCCAUUCCACUCUUUCCCCCCAGCCGUGGUUUUCCGCUGCUAGGAACAUCCGCAACAGGCGGAGCCAAGCAGCUUUCCAACUGUAAAAAAGGUUGCAUUUUCUAAAACGAGUUGGUCAAAAGAUGAUUUCUGCAAGUUUCAGGGACUGCAAGGCAUGGCAAAAAGAGGGCCUCCCUCUCUCCACAACCAGCAAUGAGGCGUGUAAACUCUACGACGCCAUACUCACUCAGUACGUCACCUGGCGUAACGAUCAGUCCCUCGGGGGAAUAGAGGGAUGCAUCGCAGCCGUGCAGGCAGCUGACCCAAAUUUUGUGAUGGGUCAUGUGAUCAGUACGGGGCUGGAGCUUGUUGGGACGGGGAGCUCGGUGCUGCUGAAUGAGUGUCUGGCGAGCGCUGUGCAGAGGACAGUGGAGCUGGCGAAGGCCCAAGACAUCACGCCCAGAGAGAGGCUGCAUGUCUGUGCCAUGGAGCAGUUCUCCAAAGGGUGCCUCCCCAAAGCGUGUGACCUGUGGGACGAGAUUCUGCUGGAACACCCCACGGACAUGCUGGCCCUGAAGUUCGCCCAUGAUGGCUUCUUCUACCUGGGCUACCAGACACAGAUGAGGGACUCGGUGGCCAGAGUCUUGCCCCACUGGAAGCCCCAUAUGCCCCUCUAUAGUUACCUGAAAGGAAUAUACUCUUUUGGACUGCUGGAGACCCAUUUUUAUGACCAAGCAGAAAAAAUAGCCAAGGAGGGUCUGGCUCUCACCCCUGAUGACGCCUGGAGUGUCCACUCGGUGGCACAUGUCCAUGAGAUGAGGGCCGAGGUGGACAAGGGCCUGAAGUUCAUGGAGACUACAGAGAAGGACUGGGAGGGUUGUGACAUGCUUGCCUGCCAUAACUACUGGCACUGGGCACUGUAUUUCAUAGAAAAGGGGGACUAUGAAGCAGCACUUAAAAUCUAUGACAGCCAGGUGUCACGUCGCUGUGUGUCCUCGGGGGCCAUGCUGGACACAGUGGAUGCCUGCUCCAUGCUUUACAGGCUGCAGAUGGAGGGUGUCAGUGUAAAAAAUCGCUGGAGGGAGCUGCAGCAGGUCACGCAGCCCCACACAGAGGACCAUGUCCUGCUCUUCAAUGACCUGCACUUCCUCAUGACCUCGCUGGGGGCUGAGGACCAGGCCAGCACACAGCGCCUCCUGGAGUCCCUGCGAGAGCUGGUGGAGGCCCCUGGGGAGAACCACCAGCACCAGCUUGCGCGGGCCGUAGGGCUUCCCAUGUGCCAAGCCCUGCUGGAGUACGAUCAAGGUAAUUUCGCCAAGGCCGUGGAGCUGCUGCAGCCCAUCCGCUACCGCUUCAGGGAGAUAGGGGGCAGUGAUGCACAGAGAGAUGUCUUCAGUCAGCUGCUUAUACACGCUGCCAUGAAAUCGGAUAAGAAGCAGCACCAGAGACUAGCCAGAUGCCUGCUGGUGGAGCGAGAUGCAGCAAGGCCAAACUCGUCCCUCACUGACCGCCUGAUCCACAGAGCAAAUGCCCUUCACUGUUAGAGAAAGGUUAAAGCACACAGUAACCCAAGGCUGCCAACCAAUCGGCAGUCUGUGCAUAUGAAACAGAUGUUAUUUUAGCAUGUAGACCUGUAAGUCAGAGAAAUAAUUUUAUAAGUCUGGAAGGAAAUCAAAUUUGUAUAAUUGCGUAUGUUUGCCUGCUGGAUUUGUUAAGAAUACAUUUAGACAGAUGUCUGUGUCUUUCUGAAAUUCUGUCCAAACAGGUAUUGCAGCUAAUUUCUUCAUGACUUGAAAUUGCCCAUUUCAGACAGAUGAUGUAUCUGUGCUAAGAAAGUUCAGACGGCCAGCAGUGGGCCCAGAAAUCUUAGGCCUCUUCCUAUGUCCACCAUACAGAAAGUGAGUCCGAGCAGAUCCAGUGGCAAAAACAAAGCUGUAAGUUUGACAACCCUGGUGUGGACUGGUGUAAUACCCAGGUCACCAGCGGGCAUGGAAUGGGCAACUUUUCUCUGGAGCCACCAAGAAGCCGAGGUCAUGCCCUGAGUGACCCCCAACCAACAUUAAACAUCUUUUACCCCUUUUCCACCAACGCAAACUAUGUGCUAGUUCUGGGCUCGUGCUAGUGCCAGUUUGGAGUUGCUUCAACUUGCAAACUUUCUCAGAACGGGUUUGCUUUUCCACGGGUUAGAGAGCCACCAUGGAGCGACGUCAUUACGUCACUGUAAACGUCUGUAUACGUUGCCGCUUUCCCGCUAGCGCCAAGCUAGCAGUGGUGGCUUGUGAGCUGGAAACAGGGGAUGUCCAAACACUACGUUUA